UAGAUCCUCCUCAGAGGAGAGCCAGCUGAUCAUGGAGGCUGAAUGGAACAGGAGGGGAAGUUACUUUAACUUUGUAAGGAAGGAGCAUCUGAAGCUGGAUGAUUUGAGAAAGAGAAAGGGCUCAGGAAACAAUUACCUCUUUAAAAAUGAAAUAAUCCCAGAAUACCCACGACCAGAGAUCCAUGUGAGCCAUCUGAAGCACGACACAGACAGAGACGGUUUGGAAGGCAUCACGAAGUCCGGAGGCUUCAAAGGAAAACAAGGCCUGGUGUGGUGGGGUCUGGUUGUGGGGGGGGAGGAACUCAGAUCAGCUGAGCAGCGCCUCCUCCAGGAAACAUACCCGGACCGAACAGAGCAGCAGGUCCAGGAUCAGCAGAGCUUCCUGGGGGAGUUUGCCUCCUCGCCGGCCUUCAAGAAGAGCUCCAGGCUGGGAUCGUACCGCUUCACCUUCUCCGUUCAGGAGCUGCUGGAGGCCUACAGUCGGCAGUUUUGCGGCGGUGAGCAGCCCCUCAUGCGGGUGUAUGAGACCCACCUGUACAAACAGGAAGUGAUGUACGCGGUGCUGGUCCACAGUCCGGCCAAUCAGGAGCAGUUCUCAGAAUAUCCUCUUCUGUCCGACGACCCAAACGCUGUCUGCUGCUACAGAGAUGGCCGCUUCAUCUGGAGGCCUGAGGCCAUGUGUGAAACUCACAGAUUUGUGUUGUCCCGGAACGAUGAGACUCAGCAGAUGGAGGCUGUGAAUAGGAAGGAUCUUGGCUACAGACCUUAUGAGUUCUACGUCUGGGAUAAUGUGGGCAUCGCUCUGCAUGUGGAGGAGGACAAGGUGAUCACUUCCUCUUUGUCUUCUUGUCCACAGCUCAGCGUCAGGCUUUUCUCUACAUUUCAUAUAAUUAUAUAUUUCCAGGAUAACUUUGUAGGACUGAUCAGAGUGGAUCUGCUGCUGGAGUUCGGUCCGGUCCGACUGAGAGAGAAACUGAAGUUCUGCGAAGGAGAAAAACUUCCCCACGCUCCGGACGAGUUUGAUGACUUCCCGUUAGCCGAGGUGACUGUUCGGAGUCUCUGGCCUGAAGACCCCUCCCCACUGGAGAGAGAUGAAGAGCAGGACAUUAAUGAAGCAGAAUAG